AUGGCCAAGCCGAGAGCGGUGGUGACCACCGCCUGCGCCUCCGCCGCGCCGUCCACGUCCUACGCGUCGGCGUUCCUGCCACCGCCCCCGUCGCCGUCCGACGGCGACCUGCUCCGCUCGCUGCACCGCCUGGCGCGCGACCUCUCGGCCGCCGACGCGCCCGCGCCCUUCUUGCGCGCCGCGUUCGCGUCCGUCUCCCGGCGCGCCAGGCUCCUCGCCGCCGCCUUCGACGACCUGCUGCUGUGCGCGGCGGGCGAAGGCGACCUGCCGCGCUCGGCCUCGCUGUGCCUGCGGGAGGUGCUCCUCGUGCUGCAGCGCUUCAAGGCCGUGGUGGCCGACUGCGCCACGCGGAGCCGCACGCUACUGCUGCUGCAGUCCGACGAGAUGGACGCCGAGCUGCGCGACCUGCACCACGACCUCGCCACGCUGCUCGACCUCCUGCCCGUCGUCGAGCUGGGACUCGCCGACGACGUCAUGGACCUCCUCGCCCUCGCCUCGCGCCAGUGCCGCCGCUGCGCGUCGGCCGCCGAGCCGGAGCCGGCCAGCUGCAGCGACGAGAUCGAGAGCCUCGAGCGGGAGAUUGGCAACCGAGCGUCCGAGAGAUGGACCGCCGCCAUGAUCGCCCUCGUGGGCCUGCUCCGGUACGCCAAGUGCGUCCUGUUCAGUGCCACGCCCCGGCCUUCAGAUUCCAAGGCGGACGUCGAUGUCGAAGACGACGGGGAGUCCCCGGCGCCCCCACCGGACCUCCGGUGCCCCAUCUCCCUCGAUCUAAUGCGCGACCCAGUCGUCGCCGCUAGCGGUCAGACCUACGACCGCGAGUCGAUCGACCGGUGGUUCAGCUCCGGCAAGUCAACGUGCCCCAAGACGGGGCAAGUCUUGGCCAAUCUGGAGCUGGUGCCCAACAAGUCUCUCAAGAACCUCAUCUCCAAGUGGUGCCGGGAGAACGGCGUGGCCAUGGAAGUCUGCGAGGCCAGCAAGAGCGAGCAGGCCCAGGCGGUGGCCGCCAAUAAGGCGGCGCUCGAGGUGGCGCGCAUGACGGCGUCGUAUCUGGUGAAGAAGCUCUCCGUCUCAUUCUCCCCUGACGCGGCCAACCGCGUGGUGCACGAGAUCCGGCUGCUCUCCAAGUCCGGCUCAGACAACCGCGCGUUCGUCGGAGAGGCCGGAGCCGUGCCGAUGCUGGUGCCCCUGCUCUACUCCGAGGACGCCGGGCUCCAGCUCAACGCCGUGACCGCGCUGCUCAACCUAUCCAUCCUCGAGGCCAACAAGAAGCGCAUCAUGCACGCCGACGGUGCCGUCGAGGCAGUGACCCACAUCAUGAGCUCCGGCACGACGUGGCGCGCCAAGGAGAACGCCGCGGCGGCCGUGCUCAGCCUGGCGUCCGUCCAUACGUAUCGCCGCAGGCUCGGCCGGAACUCGUCCGUCGUCGAAAAGCUAAUCCACCUCGUGCGCACCGGCCCGACGAGCACAAAGAAGGACGCGCUGGCCGCGCUGCUGUCGCUAGCAGGCGAGAGGGAGAACGUCGGGAAGCUGGUGGAAGCCGGCGUGGCCGAGGCGGCGCUGUCCGCCAUCAGCGACGAGGAGACAGCCGCGGCGGUGCUGGCGGCAUUGGCCAAACGAGGGGGCGCGGAGGCUAUUGUCAACAUCGACGGCGCCGUGGCGCGUCUCGUGGCCGAGAUGAGGCGCGGCACGGAGUGGGCCCGGGAGUCCGCGACUGCGGCGCUGGUGCUGCUGUGCCGGCGGCUGGGCGCGCGGGCCGUGACGCAGGUGAUGGGCGUGGCCGGCGUGGAGUGGGCGAUCUGGGAGCUGAUGGGCACCGGCACGGACCGCGCCAGGCGGAAGGCCGCGUCGCUGGGCAGGAUAUGCCGGCGGUGGGCGGCCGCCUCCGCCGCCGACGGGGAGCGGGGCGCCGAGUGCCCCGCGUCCAGCGUGGUGCCGCCGGCCAUGAUGGCCUCCUAG